UGCGGUGUAAAACGGACCUGACCUCCUUUGCGUUUGCUGUGAUGAGCGGCCGAUAGUCGUGCCAGAAUAUUGUGCUGCAAAGGGAGCUGAUAGGGCGAAUAGAGCGGCCAAAACCUGGCUGGUGGAACCGCUUUUUCAGACAUGAGCAGCUACUUGAAAAAACGUUUGGACGAUAUUGAGCUACGCAAUGGACAGCUGGUGGAAAGAAAGGCUUAUGAAGCAGAAAUUGAUUCGCUCGAGGAGCAGCUGAGGUUUCUCGAAAACAGUUAUGAGCGCUUGCAAGCGACUUAUAAAUCGAUCUUGGGACAAUCGGCGCUGAAGCAAGUUGAUCUCGUUGUGGCGAAGGAGAUUAACGAUCUUGCCCAAUCCAUGGUUCAACAGAAGCGAGCCUUACUUAGCGAAGAAAAACGGAAGCUGGAUGAUUUGCAUUGGCAAGUCUGGGAAGAACAGAGAAAAAUGUGCGACGAAGUGUGGAAAUGUGUUGCUGAGAAUGACAGUGUUGAUUUUUUGAACGAGUAUCCUCUCGUUCUCGAAAAGCAGAAAUACGAUUUUUGCACCACUCAGGAAUCCGAUGUCGACCUCAAAAAAGCUGUUAGAGAGAAUCCGGAAGUCAGACAACUUGCAGCGGAAGUAGCCGCUCUGGAAGCGGAGAUUAGGAAUGCUGAAAAUAACUGCUUAUCAAGAAAGCUGCAGGAAGUUUUGACUGAAGUAGAGGAAUUAAGGGGUAACGAUUCUGCAUACGAGAACGAUUAUGAAACUCAGAGAUUGAUUGAAGCCCUGGAAAAAUCUCACAGCGAGCGGAUGGAACUUGAAGCUGAAAUAUCAGAGAUCGAACAUUGCAAGGUUGGUGUCUUCCGGGUAGAAGGGACAGUUGGCAAAAUACUGACGAGCCUUGAAGAUUCUAAGGAUAUACUUCCUGUGAAACAAGAGCAGCAGUAUAGUACUGGAAAAAGUGGAGAACAUUUGAAGAAUUUUUUAUCCGAUAUUAAGAAUGAGGCCCAAUAUAUUCCGGCCGUUAACGCUUCGAAGGAUGAGAAUUGGUUCCAGCAAAAUACUAGACAACAAUCAGACGUACAUGACUUCGAUACUGUUAGAGUAACUAAGGAGCAGGAUAAGAAAUUGCUGGCCAAGAAAUGGUACGCAGAUUAUGUACGAGAUCUUGCUGUCACCGAUGGGGAGACCGACCUUGAAAACAGUUAUCCUUCGUCACGUCACGAGAAUGCUUCAAAUUUUCCGAAACAUGCAGACGUAUCAACGGUUGCUAAUGAUUGUACAAAUCGAAACUCCGUCUUUCCCGAUUUCAAAAAGAAAAAAUUUCAGAAACGCAAUGACGAAUAUUCAGAAUUUCACGAUCCCGAAAUGCUUUCGCAAUCCGAGCAAUCGGUAAAAUCUCGUUUCUUUGAAAAGAAGAAAAAAAACGUUCCCCGCGGACUUGGUUUCGUUCCGGUUUCGACGACGAAGAACUCGAGCACAGUGAAGUCAGAAUCUGAGGCAGAGAUUGGAUUACUGCGGGAAAUCCCGGAGUCAGAGCGGAAAUUCGAACCAAUCUUGGUCACGCCAAGUACCUUUUUCAAAUCUGCAUCGGAAACCACAUUUGAUAAGAAUUCCAUAGAAUCAAGUUAUAGCGGGACUGCAACAUCCACUUCAACUCACGAAAUGAAAACGGCCCUGAAGACGUCGAAAUUCGUGUUGAAGACGCCCAGCAAAAUACGGAAGACUGCAUAUCGUCAAAGGAAAUUGGACGAUUUUGAAAACUUCAUGUUAUCGGGGAUAAAAAUUCCCAAAUGUACCAGAGUGAAAUCUGAGUAUGACGUAUGAGCUGGAUUACUAUCGUUCGUCGAUCAAUUAUGAUUCAGACUCAUGCACGUUCUAUUGAUGGUAGAUGAUAUCAUCAUUGAGACCUUUGGCCCCUGAUGGACACUCAAUUAU